GUGUUGCUGAAGUGCCGAUCGCGGUAACGGUGUUGUUGUAAGCCUUCGUCAUCGUCUGGCUGGCGGGUAUCUGGCCGCCGAAGUGAUUUAAGUGAAUUUCCCAGCGUGUCGUUGAUGUUUCUUAUAGACGUUAGGACAGGUGAAAUUCAUUUUAAAAGUGUGUAACUGUCGUAUGGUGGCCUGUGACCUGUGUAUUUCAAUAAAUGUUAGUACCUCAACAAUACGAGAAUUUAAUGAAAUUGUUUAAAAUGGAGAUAAGAUAGAUUUAAUGCCUGUAAGCCAACGACGUAACGAAUCAUGACUGUGUUGCGUUUGCAUUUUUUGAUGGGCAUUAUAAAAGCAGACGCAACAAAAUAAAAACUACUGCCGCCGUGAGUGAGUGGUAGAGGCGAGCGAGGCUCUGGAGGAGUUCGGGAGGAUCGGAGCGUCAACAGGAAUUGGAGGGAAGACCUGGUCAGUCAUUGGAAGUCAAAGGCCUCUGCAGUGAAAGUGCAACGUGGGAAGGGUCACUUAAUGGGGAGUCUGCGGUGUGUGAACCGUGACCGAAAGUUAUUAUUGGUCAUUACCGAAGCUUGUUAGGUCACGCUCUCCCGGCCCGUGUCAUGUGUGAGGUGUCUACGGGGCGUCACUCCAUUCCAGUAGCUUUCAGGCUUCUGUGAACUGCGUCUGUCGAGAGGGGAGGGAGAGAGAGAGAGAGCGAGAGAGAGACUGAUCCUCGCUCUAGACGUCCCCUUUCAUGCUUCCCCACAAGAGAGUCGUACCAAGGAAAUUGCAGAACGCCGCUGAGAACCCUCGGACGAGUACCUGAAAGAGAGAAAGAGAGAGAGAGAGAGCUGUUACUGCUUCAGUCACUGCAGACGACGAAUAUGAGUUGCGCUCAAGUGAUGUACCAGCCAUACGCGCCCAGCCCAUACGUUGUGCAGCCGGACACCCCCCAGACAACGCCCUCUCAUGGCCCUGGAUCUGCCACCACAGCGGCUGCCGUUGCAGCCUCAGGUGAAUCCAGACACAGCGAAGCAGGAGGACCAGUACUGCACCACCCGCAGCCCACCACAUCUUCCAUCACCCCACACACGCCUCCACAUGCCCAUCACCACCACCAUCAACAGCAGCAACAGCAGUCUCUGCCACAGACACAAUUACAGCGCACUAAUGAAGCUGGAACAAGUAGCAGUCAAGUACAGCAGCAGGGUCAGCAGACGCCACAGGCGGCACAGCCGGGGAGCCAAGGUCAGCAACAGCAGCAGCAGCAGCAGCAGCAACAGCAGCCUCAAACCCCAUCGUCAGAUGGAAGCGGGGCGCAGCGCUCCCUAACCCGGCCGCCCUACAGAGCCAAUUCCAACGGGUCAGCGGCCGCCGAUCCCGAUGCACCGCCCCCGGAAAAGAAAUUUUGCAGUGAUUCGGAAGCUCCCCCGACGCCGGCCACUCCGUCCUCUUCGUUACCUCAUGGUCACCAUCCACACCAACACCAGGCCUCCCACCACCAACACCAACAUCACCACCACCACCAUCACCACUCGCAUCAUCACCCCCCACACACCGAACCUCCAGGAUCGCCAGCGCAGCACACGAACCAACAGCAAGAAGUGAAAUACGUCUCGGCAAACUGCAUGGUGGUCACGCAUUAUGCUGGCGAUACGUCGGCCGUCGUAGACGAGCACUUCACCAGGGCGCUCUCUACGCCUCACUAUGAGAAGCCACACUCGCCCGGUAAAGCAGCAUCACCGAUGUCUUCCAGGAAUUUCCCUCCAUCCUUCUGGAACAGCAACUACCAGAUUCCAGCCACAUCCUCAUCGUCGAGACCUCCGAGUCUAGCGGGCCACCUGACGGGGGCGUCGCCUGCAGAGCUCUAUGACCCCUACCACGGGGGACUUCACUCUCUGCAACCCCCUGCACCCGACCCCUGGGCUGCAUACUCUUUAUCUUCGCAGGCUUACGGUCACCGCAGCGUAGCCCACGAUGUCUACCAAGCAGCCAUGUCGUCUGUUCCAUCGUCAUCAAGACCUUACCACCAGUACUCCUCCCUCUCCUUCCAGCCUCACCUCGCAAGACUACCUGGGGUCACGCCAGUAACCUCACAGAUGCCAAUGGCGAAACCAGAUAGUUGGGGUGCCCGAUACCACGAAGCCUUUACCAAUCCCGAAUUGAGCCAUGGCCUGGAAGCUAACUACUCAGCAGCGCAUUACCCAAAUGUUCCAGGUACCUUCAGAGUUUGCAGUAGCUUCAAUGGUCUAGAGACAGGAGUGCCACAGGAAGGGGCAAAAGACCUAUAUUGGUUUUGAGAAUAAUUUGCCUCGGAAGGAGAACAAUGCUUCUGGGGCUGCUCAUUCGGAGGAAAGCACGGAGGGGAACGAACAUCUCUAGGAAACUGUCUUGUGCCAUGAACUGAACUGAUACAGAAGAUGUAGUUGCCUGUGAACGGCUAUUGUAUUGGCUCUGAGGAGACGAAAGGAGUCCAGAGAAGACUGGAAGGGAAACGGACGCGACUCGUGUUUCUUCUUCUACUUGCUGAGAAGAAAAGAAGGACCAAAGACUCAAUUGUGUGGUAUGCGUAGGAAUCGUGCCAUGAUUAUUUAUUGCUGAUGUUUCCAUGUGCCAACAUUUCUAAUGAUGACGUAGUGGACAGUAUGUUAAUGACAGGCCAUAGAUGUAGUAUUUGUUUUAAUGACGUGAAUCUUAUGGGAAGAAAGAGUGCGGAGAUUCACUCCAGUGAGAUAUUACCGUCGUCGUAUCCGGGGCUGCUGGAAAUCAACUCCACGAAUAUGACGGCCGAAAACACAACAAAACACGAAGGAAGAGCUUAGACAAACUCAACUUGUAAAAAAGACGACGCUGAGUGACAGAUAUAUGCCAUGUAUUCAAUAUUUUUUAACUGAAUACAACGAAUGUACAAACUCGAGUUUUUAUUCAUUUUGCUAUUUUGUUAGUUUUAAUCAUAUAAUUUUUUUUCGUUUUCAGUUGCUGUAUCCAUAGAUCUACUUUUAGUUGGGACAUUUAGGUUUAAACUGAAUCAUAAUUAUGAUUGAGGAACAUUAACCGCUGAUGCUAAGGAUGAAUGAAAUGUCCUCUUUUAUCUGCUCUGUAACUUCCAAAAUCCACUUUUCCCCACCGUCUAAUCUUCCUUCGUUCCUCAAUUUCUCUACCUAACUUCCGUUGCCCUCCAUCCUGUCUUUCCUCCAGCUGUCACCUAUUCAGAGUAGUACUCUCUUUGGUCUGUCUGUACGAGUCUAUGAUUGACGGUCUGCCAACUUCUUUCUGCCUUUCCCAGACCAGAGAGCCUCUGGUUCUCUCUAGCGCCUCUCUCCCUUCUUCCUUCCUUUCUUCCUCCCUUCUUCCUUCCUUCCUUCCUUCCUUCCUUCCUUCCUUCCUUCCUUCGCCUUGACUUGAUAUCCCGGAUGUUGUUCAUUUGCCGGCCUCACUAUAGAUAACGAUAUACAGUACUGUAUACAACCAAGGACUAUUAACAUAUCAUUUACUAAUGCAGUGGAAAAGCAAGCAAAUAUAACGCAAGCUUCGGUGUCAUCGUUUUUGCUCUCGUCCUCGUUUACGUCGGCAACGCCAUGUUAUUAACUCAUAAUUUAUUUGACUGAUGACGAAGCAUUCACUGUUAAUUUAUUUAUUCUCUUUUACGCUAAGGUGCUGCGUUCCCGACAUAAGCGAUGUUGUCAUCAAGUGCUGAUGCCUGUUUCAGUCCACGUCACUGUACUACUGGUGUCCAUUUCUAAAUCAAAAUACACAUUGUGAGAAUGUAGUUUGUGUGUGUGGUGGGGAGGGGGGGGGGGGGUGCCGGGCGUGAGUUGGAAGGACCUGUUUUGGAACACAGGAGAUGGCGGAGGUGUAGAGAAUGCGCAUUUAUUCUGGAUUUAUUUUUUCACCAAAAGUUAGCCUAGAGUUAAUAUCUCGGAAUGUGUGCUUAAAUGAGAAGUACACACACCCUAUAU